GCCCAAGCACUAUAAACUCGUGCGCUGGUAAGGUCUAUAAUCAGGCCGCACCGCACGACGGACAGCCAAGCGUGCCCACCACCACCGCGACCCAUCGACGACGACGUCAACACGCUCUUGGAUGCCCCCACGCAACGAAGAUGCUCGAUUGCGUCCUGCGACACAGCGCUUGAGAUUCUGCAUCUCGGCUGCUGAGCCCGCCGCGGUCACUUUUAGACUCGACCUUUGCCCUCCCGCCGCUUCCGCUGCCUCGGCUAAGGUAUUCAUUGGACUUGGUACAUACACUCGGGUUACUUGCUUCGGCUGAUUGACAGUGGGGGAGGCAUACGAAUUACGGAUAGCUACGCACGCACGCUCCAGAUUGAACCGAGAGCACCGGCCCUCGGCCGCCUUGGAGUUCGGCCAUGGACCACACGUUCGUUCCCGACAUGGCGGCAGCAUCGGCAUCAGCAUCGGCAUCGGCGUCGGCGUCACAGGCCGCUGCCACCUUCACCAACGCGAGUGUUUGGCACAACUUGACAACAUGGACAGCGGCGCAUCUGGGAUAUGCCAUGAACAUGUCGCGCCUGGCGCCUUCUCUUGAGGAUCUUGUCUUAGCUGGGCCGCGCAUGGUCAUGAAGCUGGGCAGGCUGGGCUCCUUCAUGUCCCUCUCCGACGCCGCCGACGGCUUCGGCCAGCGCAUCGCCGCCGAAUCUGCUGACGCCAACAUCUUCGCAACCACCGUAGCAGGCCACCUCGGCACCUUUGCCCAGUCGAUACCCGCGUCCACGCCCACGAUUGCCGCCGACCUCGACCCGACAGCCAUUGGAUCUCGCUUCUCCCUGGAGGGUGCUCGGGGCUUUGGAAGUGUCUUCAGCUACGCCUUCAGCAAGUGGGCUCUGUGCUGCAUCGCCAUGGCGGUUAUCAUAAACCGUACCCACGUCUUUGCCGCCACCCGCCGCAGACUCCGCCUUGGCUGGUCUGUCCGCCUUGCUCUCCGCCUUCCCAUCAUCAUCGUGCUGCUCCUCCAGGCACGGAGGCUGCUGCAGUCGAUGCAGUGCCAGACGUCGCCCGACUUUUCCGAGAUGCGCUGGGGGAACGCCAGCAAGAGCUCAGACUUGAUGUUCUCUCAGCCCAACGGCUUCCUGCACGGCCUGAGCUCGUCGCUGCUAUUCGGCGCGUCUGACCAGGAGUCCUGCGAGUCGGUGCGCAUGGUGCCUUGGGACGACCAGGAACAAUCGGAAUUGCGCGGGUCGCUGUCUCGGCUGUGGCCCCUCUUCUUGUCCUUCUGCUUGAGCCAGUUUAUCGAAGUCGUCUCGUGCACUGUGCAGGGCCGUGCCAUCUCUGCCGAGACUGGCAUGACUCUCUUCGAGCAUUCUCUGGCCUUCGCAGAGGCCGAUGCCGCCGUGGGUAACCAGCUUGGCUGGGGCCUUUUUUCAAACGAGUCCAACGCUCCGUCGUCUACCACGCUGGGAUCGACCAUUGCCGUGACCCGCGCCAUGAUCAUGAGUAGAGUAAACACCCCCCCCGAAGUCCUCAUGGCUGCUUUCCUCUCAACCAUGGGCCACGCGAUCAGCCACGUCCUCGGGCUCCUGAAUCUGCAGUCCCGCUUCCGCCUUCUCAGCACCGGAUUCUGGGGUCUAUGCUUCAUGGGCAGCAUCAUGUGGAGCGCUGCCAACUUCUCAAUUGAAGAUUCGUCGUCACGCGGCUUGUUGCGGUACCCCACUGUCUGCAUCAUCGGCUUCAUCCCACAUAUUCUGGUCUUGACGGGCAUCAUCGGGUGCGGAUUCGUUUACUUUCUUGCCCUUUCCCUUUCAGCGUGUGCUGCCCCCGAGACAGAUGCCGAAGGACGGCGCCUAACUCUCAGGCAACGGUUUGCCCAGGCCCAUAACAACAUGCAGGCAAAUGUGUCGCUGUCAGAUAUCCGCAUCCGGAUGGAUAUGGACUUCUACACUGCCCUGCUGCGGGCCGGCUUUGGUGCCAUCACCAUGGCAAGCGAGGCUGUCUACCUUUGUGAAGACCGUCGGGUGAGUCUGGGAAUGUACACCUGGCUGGAGGAGGAGAGGUUCCGUGAGGUUGAGGAGCUUCGGAUGCAGUGGAUAGGCGGCGGAAUCCCUGGGUCCCGCUUCGACUCGAUCGGCACCAUCGGCCUCGUUCCUAUUAAGGAUGGCCAGGCAAGUGCCGCUAGCGGCUACGCCAGAGAGAAGGCAGCACAAAAGAUACCCAAGAAUGAUGCAGCGGCAAGGAGGGUCCGGGACGGCGUUGGCGCUUCCGAGCGCAGCGGGAGGUGGUUGAUGGCCUUUGAGUAUAUCAUGCACAUCAACAGGCUGCUGCUCACUACCUCAGCACUCGUUACCAUCAGACUUCUCUCUUUCGUAGGGGUCCAGAACCCCCCUCGCUGGCUCCGAUGGCUGUCACGGAGACCAAAGGCGGAGUCUUCCGACAGGAAGGGACAGCGGAGGGAACUUAUUGACCCGGACUCGAUAUUUGUCCCUGGCAGCGUGAUGGCUCUGGCCUCCAUUCAGCGUAUCGAGCAGGUUGAUGUAGAGGCUGAACUCCGUCGAUGCAUGAACCGCGCGAGGGCAGUGGCAGAUGAGCCACCCCACUCUGCUGACGAAGAUGAGAUUGAUUCGAAGCUUUACACUUGGUGGCUCAAGGGCGGCUGGUGGGGGGGGUUGGACUCGAGUGGCGACUAUUCUCCGUCGGACGGCCAGGAUGGCGCUGGUGGUGUGGAUGACGCCGACUUUGACGACACGACCAGCAUCAUCUCCUCGACUGACAACGCAGAGGGCGAACUUGGAUGGGAGUCUGAGUCUGAUGACGAUCUCGGCGACGGACAGCGCACCCCUACCCAGGACGCUCCCAGGACCUUUGUCUCUGAUCUCGCCGACGCCCGCGCCCGCGCCCGCGCCCGCGGCUCCCGCCAGGCAACGCCUGUGGUUGACACGCCCAUGGCCCCGACGGACUUGGCUCGUCUUCUCAACCCUCGCAGCCCAGAAGACCGCGAGGAGGCCCGCACGCUGGCCGCUCAUCUCGCCAGCGACCAGAUAUUGACCCGUUCCCGCUUCCGGCAGAGCCAACAGCGCCAGCGCGCGCAGGUAUUGCUGACGAACCACCAACAAUUCGGCCUCGGCCCAGAAAAGAUGAGUCCCGAUGAGGAGGCCCACCGCCUAGAGCAGAUAUUGCUGUCACGCCGCGCUGCUGGCGUCGCUGCUGGCACAAGAGGCGGCGGUCGACAGUCGACUGCCGGUGGCGCAUCCUGGGCCACCGGUGCCGCUGGUCUCGGCCCUGACGGCCCGCAGUGCGUUGUCUGCCAGAGCGCCGCGCGCACCAUCAUCGUCUGGCCCUGCCGCUGCCUCAGCCUGUGCGACGACUGCCGCGUUUCACUGGCCAUGAACAACUUCGACAAGUGCGUCUGCUGCCGCCGCGAGGUGAUUAGCUUCAGUAGAAUCUACGUGCCUUGACCGGCUGGUUAGUUCAAUACAAGCAGUUUUAUCUAGUUAUUUUCUUUUUUUUCUUUUCUUGUUAAUUUUUUAGUCUUUUUCUCUCAUUUUCCCCGUGCAGUUUCUUGACAUGGCAUGGGCGGAGAUUCUCUCAUGCACAGAGAGAGGGAGACAAGACUUUGCGAGCGCCUGGAUGGGACGGUGUUCCGGUUGGUUGGGUGGUUGUUUUUUUGUCAUUAUUGUAUAAGUUGGGUGGUGUCAUAUGUAUUGUACAUUCGAGGACCACAAAGCAGAGCAGCAUAGCAGAUCAGCGAUGGGUUAGCAUACAUAAAUCGUUUCGGGCACAUUAAAUACAUCGUUUUCUUUCCUGUUC